UAUCUAACAUUAUUUUAGUGUAAUGUCAGGAAAUGAGACGACACUUCAGGAUAACUCUACCUCUGGAUCGCUCUUAAAGGUGUACCUGCGGCUGAGGGACACUAAAGAGCACAACGACGUGUACUAUGUGGACACUGAAGAUCCUGUCUCCCUGGUAGCAACGGCUCCGGAGAACUCUGAAACUCACAAGAACUCUCACCGGAACCAUACUCUCUCCGUUCAGAAGUUUAAGUUCUCCAAGAUAUUUGUACCCAGUACAACCCAACCUGAACUGUUUGAGAGCACUGCUCUCCCUCUGCUAGACGAGUGCCUGAAUCUAGAGAACAACGCUCUACUCUUUACCUACGGUGUGACCGCUAGUGGCAAAACACACACAGUUCAAGGUCCUCGACAUGAUGCCGGCCUGCUACCCAGAUCUCUGGAUCUGAUAUUCAACUCUCUCGGUUCGCACAUCAAGCCAAGGUCGAUGUUCUGUCCACAUUUGCACAGUGAAGUUUGUAAGAUGACUGAGAAACUGCAACAUCAGAACGAGCAGAGGAAACAACGGAUACUCUACCCUCCCAACACAUCCCAGGAUUUGGAAAUAACUGGGAUGACUGAUCCUAACUCAACUCGGUGUACUAUUGGGAGUAUGACAAGCGAAUGUACUGCCUACGAAAAUACAAGUUAUCAGAUAACAGAUAACGUGUUGGUCCAGCUGUCCAACCCAGAGAACAUUCAGUACAGUGUGUGGGUUAGCUACUUGGAACUUUAUAACGAGAAUGUAUACGAUCUUCUUCAGCCUCCUCCCGAACAAGGUGAAAUGAAGCCUCGUGACCGACAAGCGCUAAGACUGGGGGAGGACCACAAGAUGUCGGUGUAUGUAAAGGGAGCCACACAGCUGGAGGUCUGCUCGUUUGCUGAGGCUAACAGAGCCUUGAUGUACGGCCAGAGGAAUAGAAAGAAAGCUGCUACGAGCAUGAACCAAAGCUCCAGCAGGUCACAUGCCAUCUUUAAAAUAACAGUCAUCGCUACAAACACCAUCUCCCAACAAAGCAAAUGCAGCCAGAUAACAUUUGUGGAUUUGGCGGGAAGUGAACGGUACGGUAAGACGAACACAGCAGGGGUGCGGCUAAAAGAGGCCGGUAACAUCAACACCUCCCUUCUUACUCUAGGCAAAUGCAUCUCCUCCCUCAAACACAACUCAAAACUCCGACCCCGACAAGCGACCCAGGCCCAGAUUGUUCCAUUCAGAGAGAGCAAACUCACGAGGCUGUUCAAGAACUUUCUGUCGGGGGAGGGUUUAAUAACUAUGAUUGUUUGUGUGAACCCGCACAAAGACUUCUUCGACGAAAGUAUCCAUGCUCUUAAGUUUUCUGCUCUGGCCACGGAGGCUCUGCUACUGCCCCGACCUCCGAGUAGGAUAGAACAGGCUACAACUUCUGACGAGAACAAGAUGUCUGAACUAGACUUGCAGCAGAUGAAGUACGAGAUAAGAACAGAAGUGCUGGGAGAAGUGCAACAGAGAAUAAAGAGGAUGAGAAAGAAUCACGAGGAGGAUUUGGCAGCUCAAAAGGAGCGAGAAGAUAGAUACCACGAGGGAGUGGAGGCUGGUCUUCAACAAUACUACAAAGGUGUUAUUGAUGAACUCAAGAAAAAAGUUAGAGAUGCCCGUGCACAGAACGGUUACACCGGGAGUAAAGAAAGUCAGGAGAAGAUAACGAAAAAAGAGGAAACUAUAACAGUUCUAAAGAAGCAAUGUCAGGAGUUAGACGAAGAAUUGCAACAGACCAGAUCAGAGCACAAACUCUUCAAAGCAGAGAUAGACCAGCAGCUGUUCCAGACAAAACUUGAACUUAAGACAACUCAGCAGUUGUACCAUGACGGGAAUCAGGAAAAGGAGAGGUUUGCGAACUCGAUAUCAGAGAAAGAGAACGAGAUAAAGAGGAUGUUCCAAGACUUGGAGGAGGCGACAAAGCUGUCCACAUUCUGGGAAAAGGAAUGUAACGACCUGAAGGCUGCUAACGCACAGCAGAUUGAAAGGCUACAAUGCCAACUGAAAGAAGGUGCAACAAAUCAGCACAGAUUGGAAACGGAGAUCACCGAAAAGACAGAUGUUAUCCAGAAGAUCACUAAAGAAUCUCUCCAAAAAGAUGGCGGGAAACAAGAGCUGGAGGAGCUGAGGAAACAAGUUGAAGUGGAGAGACAGAUUAUUACCCAGACAAACUCAGAGAAAUCUCAGCUACAGUCUGAUCUCAGAACUACUCAGACUAAGUUAGAGGAAAUGAGAGGAGUGACCCAGCAAGAUAAGAAGGAUAUCACGCUACUGAAGGAUAACUGUACCGAGUACACCGCUCUUAUCUCUAAUCUCAAGUCUCAACUGGAGACUCUUCAACAGCCUUCGCAGAUUUUAUCGUCUCAAGAGAGCAAGGAGAACAAGGAGAAUCAGGAGCCAGACUCCCUGAGGAGCCGUCUUACAGCCGCGCAGGAGCAGGUUCAGGAGAAGAACAAGCUAAUUUCUGAACUAGAGGAGGAACUUGGAGACAUCGUCAGGAACAAGUCACUCCAGUUUGAUACCCUGAUCUGCAACAAAGAAAAGGAAUGCGAGGAACUGCAAGCUAUACUGACCAGAAAAGACGAUAUAAUCUCAAAUACGAACAACAAAUUACAAGACCUAGAAAGUUUGGUGAAUAGCCAAAAACAGAAAAUUCUGGAACUUCAGGAUUUGGCGUCAGUUCAAAAGGAACAUUUGUGGUCCGUCGAGCUGGGAGCUAAAGAUGAUGUGGAGAGGUUGCAGUUAGAGAUCGAACUACUCCAAGGUACCAAGUGGCAAGUUUACCCAUCAAUAGAUUAUUAG